UGCCCCUUUGAAAAUUUGGAUGUACCACAAAUAAAACUGAGAUCCUUUUCUUUCCCCUUUGGCAUGAAAAUCUGAAUUCAAGCAAAAAUGGAACUGAUCUGCAAUAUUGAGCCGAUGGGAGUUUUAGCGAGUUUUAUAAGGAGCUGCUUGUUCCAUGUCUUGUCCGUUGGUCCCAUCCCUUCUCAUCUCGCCUUCAUAAUGGAUGGAAACAGGAGGUUUGCCAAGAAGGAGAAGCUAGGACCAGGAGCUGGUCAUAAAGCAGGAUUUUCAGCUCUCAUGUUGAUACUCAAGUACUGCUAUGAGUUGGGAGUGAAGUACGUAACUGUUUAUGCCUUUAGCAUUGAUAAUUUCCGAAGGCGACCUGAAGAGGUUAAGAUCGUAAUGGAUCUAAUGUUGGAAAAGAUUGAAGGGAUUCUCAAAGAAGAAAGCGUUGUCAAUCAAUAUGGUAUUAGAGUUUAUUUUUUAGGUAACUUGAACCUUUUAACUGAGCCAGUGAGAGUUGCAGCACAAAAGGUUAUGAAGGCUACUGCUUCUAACACCAAGUGUUUGCUUUUUAUCUGUGUAGCCUAUACUUCACUAGAUGAGAUCAUCCAUGCUGUUCAUGAAUCUUGUAAAGAUAAAUUGAUCAAGAACACAAUCUUUCCAGAUAAACCCUGCACUGAUGCAAUUGAAGGAGAAGAAAAAGAUAGCAUAAAAUUGGUAGACCUUGAGAAGCACAUGUACAUGGCACUAGGUCCUGAGCCGGAUGUCCUUAUUCGAACUUCUGGUGAAUCUCGUCUGAGUAAUUUCUUACUUUGGCAGACUAGUCACUGCACUUUGUAUUCUCCUGAUGCACUAUGGCCGGAGAUUGGUUUGUGGAACUUGGUGUGGGCAGUACUGAAUUUUCAGCGCAACCAUUCUUAUUUGGAGAAGAAAAAGAAGCGGUCCUAAAAAUAUUAAUGCUUCAUUUUAUGCCAUUCUGUGUAUAUCAGUAUCUGUAAGAGUACAUUAAAUGGAAGAAAAAUGAUUAAAGUAUGAAAA